ACGAGUUCCAUAAAGUGUUUAUAAUGCUUCAGUCAGUAAAUAAGCUCGCACACUCAUUCGCCGAACACGGUGUAACCUCACAAGAGUGCACGGAGGCGCUCGGUCAGAGGCUGCGGCGGCAUCUUACAUUUCCGAGGUAUAUAAGUGGAGGCUCCACGCAGAAGCGGACCAUUGCCUCCCGACCCCACUGGACAACAGAAACACCGGCUGGCUCGCGAUGCGGUGGAUUGCACUGAUUGUAUUUUGCGCUGCGCUGUUGGCGACAUGGGCGGAGCCAGAUCCGAAAAAGUACAAAUCUGAAGUGAAAGACAAAGACAAGGCCACCAAUGCAAGCCUCACAGAUGAGGAGAGAAAAUUCCUACGAGAAGUUGAAGCCAAGUUUGGAGUUAAAAAUGAUGUACCAGAUAUUACGAAAGUUGACGAUAAAACUAAUGGCGUUGGCGUUGCCAACUCCAACGAAACAGUCAAGGCACCAUUUCCAGCGGUAAUUGCUAUAGAAAUCGUUAAUGAUACCGAUACCAAUACCAAAGGGAAAAGGACUAUUGACGCUAAUCUCGGCUAUGGAUACAGAACGAACCAUGGGUAUACUUACACCUAUUUUGGAAAGCCGCAGGACAAAGGAAAAUUCAUGAUUUACCCGUACUCGCAAGAAGACAUCCCGCCGGCGCAAGGAGCUUCAUACAAUCACGGAUCAUCUGGGACUUAUACUACUGCAUCCACUCAAGUAGAGAUCCAACCAUCUCGGGCUUAUGAGCUGGUCGACGUGAAGGAAGAACAAAAUUCCUAUCACUAUAACAAGCCUACACCAUCCCCGAACACAAACUACCAGAACAUAAAAGGACUUGUCUCUCCACCACCUCCUUACAGUUCCAGUGAAUCUCAUCAGGAGACCACUCACCAAAACCCAACUCUGUACACCACUUACAAUGGGCAAGACUUCUCCGCUUUAAGUGGACAAUUCCCAAGGGUGAUGUCUAACUACUUGGUAGAUUCUUCGCAACUACUAAAGAAUCCACAAUACCAGAGUGCUGGCCUCAAUCAAGACUACGUGAAAACUCAUAGCUCUCAACUGGGUCAAAGAGUUGUUCCAGUCUUGGUGCUGAGAGUUCCUAGUUCUUAUUUGAAACAACCAACCGCUGAACUGUAUUCUAACUUACCUAACAAUUACCCUGUUUCUCAUUACCUUCAAAAUGUUAAUUUGCAAGAAGUCGUUAAUAACUACUUCAAGAAAAUCGGCUAUUCCUUCGCCCCUCAAGUAAUGACGUAUCAAAACUCAUUGUUAUCAGACCCAGGAUCGACUCCUGCAGUAGCAAGCCACGAAACUCAUAACUAUGCCAAUCCUCAUGUGAAUCCUGCAUAUACACAAGCAGAUUAUUCAGGCGUUCAAUAUUCAGCUGUGCAGCCCGUAAUGGCCAAGUAUCCUACCACGUACACUAGUAAGGAGCAGUACUAUGUACCUAUGACUCAAUCUCUUUACCAGCAACCGCAGCAGCAAUACGAAUACAUGUACCAGUAUGUGCCUCAGCAGGAACAAUCUCAAUUGUACUAUGUGCCGCAAUACCAAUCGCAAUCAGCUGAAGUAUCUCAUGAAGCUCAGGGUGGGCAUGCAGCUGUUGAACAGAGCAGCAGAGGGCAUGCUGAAUAUGGUGUUCCUCAACAAUCAACUGUCUACCAAACAUCUGAGCCAACCGUGGAGUAUGGAGCACCUGAAGCUCAAGGAUCACCGCAGCAUGGCACAUCAGAAGUAUCUUAUGAAUCCUCUCAGUUAGCAGCACAAGAAUACGCUGCUCAGAAGGAACAGGCUGUAGAAUACACCCCUCAACAAACGGUAUCUGCCGAGUACGGUCCUACCAAACUAAACUUGCCAACUUACACCUCUUCCCAGGGUAGAGCUAAUUACGGAUCACAGCACAGCUCGCCGAAAGAGACUCUUGCUAUCUACUCUCAGCAACUAAGUCAAGCGGCGGCCAAUUACGGUCAUAAAGAGGCAUCAGGAAGUCCGAAUUACUACUAUCAGAAACAAGCGGGCGAUGAGUCCGAUUCGAAUACAUUGGUGAUUUCGGAGAACUACCCGAGUAAAGAUCACACGCUCGCAACGGUCCUGCCGCUGAGCUACAAACGUGACAAGAAACCCAAUACUGCGACGGUCCAGACCGUUAGCUACGUCACACCGAUGCCAUACUCGCACAAAUACCAGUCGCCCUACAAAAUAAUGGUGCCGCAGACGGUUCUUAGAAAUCCGUCUGCGGAGAAGGUGUCCUAUGUAAAUUCGCAUUCGAUACCGUACAGUCAGAUUGCGAAUCAAGAGUAUAACCCGGAGGCCGAGUACACUGCCCCGGCGCAGUACGUGCCACCUGUCAGCAAGCAGAAACCUCCAGCGUACCCUCGCAAUUACCACUCUCAUCCGAAACGUAACGCAAAACCAGAGAAGUCUGAAAACCAUUCCACUCAAACGAAGAAACGCGGGGAGAAGAACGACCAUAAGAAAUCAUCGUAGUUAUUUUUGCCAACUAGAAUUUAAGUUGUAAAUAUAGCGUAAGUGAUGUUACUUACCGUAGUACUAAU